AUGCUCUCGGGUAAAGACAAUCCCGAGGAUCCCCCUGCUGAAACACAUGGGAGGUCCGAAGUUCGCCAGGAUACAGAUCAGAAUGCAGACGAAUUGAUGGCCGGUCACAUUCAAUGCUCGGUGUGUAGCAGCACCUUCCGACGACCGGAGCAUCUGAAACGACAUCUGCGGAGUCACACUAAAGAAAAGCCGUUUGAGUGUGCUCAGUGCGGCCGGCACUUUUCAAGAACUGACACGCUUCAUCGACAUGAGUUGAGUCAUCAUGCACCAGGGUCUGGAGGGAAAGAUCGCACCCACCGAAUUACCGUCAAAACAUUCCGAGCAUGUUUUAGUUGCGCAACAGCAAGAGUAAGAUGUAGCGGCGGCACGCCAUGUGGCCGGUGCGACGCUCGCUCACUCGGAUGUGAAUACCCCACGCAAAGGCGGUCCAAAGCAAAAGACAUGAGAGAUUCAGGGCAAGAAGCCGAGGCGCACAGCGAAAACCUCAAACACAUUCACCAAGAUCUGAAUGCAGCUGCUGGUCAGAGCCAGUUUUCUAUACACAUGCAAAAUGAACCAGCAUCAUCCAGGACUUUGCUCAAUGUAUCAUCUACGCCCGGUAGUGAUCACGCAAAGCGAAUACCACAAAAUGCACACACCAUUGCAGACUCCUCGAAUCCUCGUUUCUAUCUCCCAAAUGAGAUACAAGGGCAGUCUGAAACACUGCCACUGAGUGUCUACCCUGGAGGUAUCAAGCAGACAUAUGACCACUCGAGCUCUGACAUCCCCAAAGUAUUCCCUGUUGGUUCAUCCAACAAUUUAGACCCUGAAAUGAGAGACAUCCAGCCGGGAAUGAACACAGCAGGUGACAUUGAAAUGACCAUGGCAAAUAAUCCGGAGGUACCGCUAGAGUUUGAUCCCACGCUCUUUGACCAGUCCAUGCUUUCCACUAUCAAUUGGCUCCCUAGCGAUUUGCUCCCGGGUGAUCCUAACGGCCAUGCACAUUCUGCUGGUGCUGCCUCGCAAUACAACCAAUCUCUCAGCCCAAAUGCCUACUUCUCCCGGGCAGCGUGGCAACCGCCGGUUAUCAAUGCUGCGCAACCCGGUCCUUUUCAACCAGAGCGAGCCUCUCAGGCACCAUCUGUGCAUGUUUCCCUAAGAAAUAACAUGGGGAGCCCCAAUCAAUAUUCCCACGGUAUUAGUGAGCCGUCUCCUCAUACAGAAUCAGUGGGUUCCGCCAAGGGUUCAGCGGACUACUAUGUUGAUGGUGCGCCGUCCAGACUCCCGAAGUACGGAAGGAAACACACGCCUUGGCCUGGUGAAUCUGUAGACCGAGUCGACAUCGGCAAGCAACUGCUGGUUGAAGAUGACGAGCACCGGUUCGACUUCCCUGUUAUCUCCGAACUGCGACCAGAUCAGAUACCGGAAGAUAUAACCCGGUUUACACAACAGAUUGAAACCACCACCUACGAUGAGAUUUAUCGGCACUUUGUGCAACUAUGCCGUACUGAAACCCCAUUUUUUGAGGUGUUCGAAUCGGAGAGGUUCCCCACCGCGGACGAAUGCAACCAAUUCAUCAUCCUUUUCUUCGAUUCAUUUCAGGCAGUUUAUCCGAUAUUACACCUUCCUAAAUUUGAUCCAAAUACAAGCCAUUGGCUCUUGACUUUGUCAAUAGUAGCACUCGGCUGCCACGUGUCCCACGUACCUGAGAUGGAACAGUGUACAAUUGCUCUCCACGAGCUGAUUCGACGGGGUAUCUAUCUUGAGAAAGAAAAGAGUCGCCCUGGUCAGGCUUCUCUCGAGAUAUUGCAAGCUAUGUUGUUCAAUUGCAUCGGACUUCUGCACAGUAGAAGUGAGCGAGAAAAGGCCUCGGCCUUGAGCACCUUUGGUGACUUGGUGACACUCAUGAAAGCGUCCCGAUUAUUGACGCCGAUGCGAACAAAAUUCAACGAGGCGUCGCAAGAUGCAGCAUGGACGUCUUGGGUUCAAGAUGAGGUCAGGAGACGCACCGGCUAUUGUAUAUGGCUUGUGGAUUGUACUCUUGCAUAUUACUUUGAUAAUCGACCUCUGCUUUCUCUAGAUGAUGCACAAGCUGCAUUGCCCGCGCAUGAGAAGCUAUGGCAAGCAUCCUCCGCAGAGACAUGGAAGCCACUGUGGGCGAAAUCAUUUGGUAACUCUUAUCCAGACCAAAAAACUGACCAGUCUCUCACUUAUACGGCCAACGAAUCCUUAUACGACGCAGUCCAUAUCCUCUACAUUGAGAAGAGAGUAGUAUCCGGUAUAGGAGAAUUCGGUCACAUUCUACUCAUCCACGCUCUCUACCACAGAAUGUGGGAAGUGGGAGACUACUUCCGCCGCCCACUAUCUUUCUGGAACCCGACAGCGAAGAAGCAAUCUUGCGAGACGGCCAUUCCUACAGGCCUAGUAUGGCUCCCAGGAAUCCCCUCGUACUCGAAAUGGCGCAACAGCGCAUGUGACUGCCUCGACAUCCUCCACUGGACCGCCAACAGCACCGUAGCAAAAGCUGCAGGCCUCGAGCAUCCAACCAUCCUCCACCUCCACACUGCCCGUCUAUUCCUCCUCGCUCCAUUCCGUGAGAUGAGGUCCCUUGCGACUUCCCUGGCAACAGAAAAGCAGCGCUGGAGCAAACGACACCAAACCCUUGAGUGGCAGUACAUCUGGCGCUGGAUGAAACACGACCAAUACAAAGCCCGACUUUCAAUCAUUCACGCCGGCGUCACCCUCUGGCAUAUCCGCCGCUACUCGACGAACUCUUUCCACGAGCCCGUUGCGGCUUUCAUCGCUGUGCUGACGCUGUGGGCGUACGGAGCCUCUCACCCGCACAUGUCCCAUGAGUCCAGUCCACGUGCAGAGCAGCUCCGCGAACCGAGUUUUAUUCAUCUUGAUCGCCCGUGCGAUGAUGAGCUUGUGCAGCUUUUUGUUCGGGAAGGUCAUGCUAUGAGAGGGAAUGUUACUGGUGCUGGUGAUAUAUGUGGGGCUGAAGGUCCGGAAAGGGUCUUGCGAGUGGGCUGUGAGAUUCUCUCGGGCUUGACUGCCUGGAGUGUUUCGAAGAAGUUCGUGGCUAUCUUGACGCGGCUUGCAGAGUUGAGCUCAUAUAGUUCCUCUUGA